AUGGCCAAGGGACAUCGUCGUUCGUCAUCGAGAUCUGGACACCAAACCUCCCACUUCCAAGUGCACCAUAGCAAACGUCGUCCAAAACGGGCUGCUCGUGAUCAGAAAAUCCAAAAAUUCGAUGAAAAUUCCGAAGAAAGGUCUGGAGAAAGGUCUGGAGACUCUGGAAUAAAAAAAAUCCUGGACCAUGUUCAUCUCCCAAACCACUAUGUGGAGUAUAAGGUGGUUCUGAACAACGGGAAAAGACGCCAAAUCAGCGAAUUUGAUUUCCAGGACAACAUUGACAUGCUCAUCGCCUACAAAAAUCAUAUCACAGGCCAACCGGAUAAUGAAGAUGAGGACUUCGCUAUUGACAAAAUCCUGGCCCACCGAUUCGUGGAUAAGAAGCCAUUGUUUUUGGUCAUGUGGGAAGGCUACCCGAAUCCAGUGUCCCAUUCGGAGCUCUGGGAGGAAGAUCUGCAGUCCUCCAAAGACCUUCUAAAGGCCUACAUGGACUCUCACGACAUGAACGCUCCAGACACCAGUGACGACGAUUCAGAGCCAGAUGAGCCAGAAGAGGAGAAGGAGGAGCCAAAAAAGCAGAAAUCGGGAUACUCCAUGAAGGAUCUCAAGGAUUCAGAUGACGAUGAGAUCGAUGUGGAAGAAGUCAGGAAGACUAGAACUUCUCCAAAAAAGGUUCAAAAUGGGAGGACCAAGGAUUCAGAUGAGAGUGAUGUUGAAGAAGCCCGUAAGGCUGGAACUGCGCCAAGAACAUUUAAAAAUAAGAAGGAGAAGAAGCAAAUGAAAUCCAAGGACAAGAAAGGCAGAAAAGCUAAGGAGCCCGAGGAAGAUGAAGAAGAAGAGGACUACGUCGUCGAACGAAUCGUCAGCCACAGAGUACACAGGAACAAGAUUCUGUACAAAGUUAUGUGGGAAGGAUACCCGAAGGAAAAGGAUCAUACAGAGAUGGAGGAGAAGGACUUGGAGGACUGUAAGGAGAUCCUUCAAGCUUACAAAGCCGCCCACAUGACCCCUGUAGAUAGUUCUGAUAGCGACUCUGUUCAAGAAGAAGCUCCACAGUCGCCGAGAAAAACGUUUGAACGGCAGGAUUCAGAGGAUUCAGAUGACGAACCAGAACAACCAGAAUCCGAGAAGAGUAGCCCAGCCAAGAAGUCAAAGGUAGCCGUCUCCUCGGAUGAUGAAGAAGAAGAUGAACAACCAAAAUCCGUAAAGAACAGCCCACCCAAGAAGAGCUUUUCCAAAAAGUCCAAGGUCGCCGUCUCGUCGGAUGAGGAGGAAGAGGAGGAGGAAGACAAGAAGACGUCAAAGAAGGAUUUCAAGAAGUCAUCAUCGUCAAAGAAAGAAUCCGAUGUUUCUGAGGACGAAGAGGACGAAGAAGACUACGUCGUCGAAAAGAUCGUCAGUCACCGAACGGUCAAGAACAAGGUACUGUACAGAGUUAUGUGGGAAGGGUACCCCAAGCCAAAGGACUAUACAGAGAUGGAAGAGAAAGAUUUGAAGGAUUGCCCCAAGAUCCUCAAAGCCUACAAGGACUCGUUGAAGAAGAAGGAUUCUGAAGACGAGUCAGAUGAGGAAGAAGGCGUUCCAAAAAAGAAGAAGAUGUCCAAGAAGACCAAAAAGACAGGACACUCCAUGAAAGAAUUGGUGGAUUCAGACGACGAAGAUGACUGUAAGAAAUUGGGUCCAUCAAAGAAGGAUCUGGUGACUACGGUAGAUGAGAUGGAUGCCUCGGAUUCAACAUCUUCAGACUCGGAGAAAGAAGAAGACGUGAAGAAGACGCCAAAGAAGGCGUCACGUCGUGAGGUGUCUGAUGAUGAGGAGGAGGAGGACCAGCAGCCUUCGAAGAAGAAGCAGAAGACGUCAGACACUCCAACAAGAAGACGUUCUGGAAGAUAA